UGUAUAACAUGAGAACUCGCCUAAUUACCCGCGAUCUGUCGCCAACGAGCUCCUAGCAUUGCCUCACAGGCAACCUUCAGCUAUAUUGCACUUUAUCGCAGGGCUCAGUGCGACUAUGGUACUUCUACCAAUCUCGAGUAUCUUUGCCUCUGGUGCCCAUCCAGAUGCCAGCUCUAUGCAGCUGUCCAGAGGCAUAUUUCCGGAAUUUUUCCGAGUCGUGAUUUGCUACCAUCGCAGUCACUAUCAUUCCUGGCCUUCUGCUGGUUACCUAUCAACAUAUGAUGUAUAUUUACUAAAAUUAGUACGUAGCGAAAGUCAAACUUUACAGGACUCUCUAAACUGUGUGCUUUAUCUCAUGGACUAUGAGGAAGCAAGAUAGCCAUAACCUUGAAUACAUCAAAUAACCCCUAAUUGGCUAGAACCUCCACUUCUUCUAUAGCCUUUGGCGCUGUGGUCAGGUUCUCGUAACCCUGCUGAGUAACGUGGACAUUAUCUUCAA